ACUGUGGCUUCUCCGGGACCACACUUCUAUCCCCUUAUCCUCCACACCCUUCUUCACCCCCACGUUGUAAACCAAGAAAACACUCUUCUGUAUCCAACGAUUGCCCCUUCGAUGGCGCUUCAGGCUUCCCUUCUUCCUUCGGCUCUCUCAGCUCUCAAAGAGGGGAAGGCUAAUGGAGCACUCAAGGAAUCGGCUUUCUUGGGGGUGUCUCUUUCUGAAAACUCCAAGUCGGAGUUUGGUUCUUCAGUUUUUAUUAGCAACAAGAGACUGAAUCUUUCUGUUGGAAUCCGAGCUCAAACGGCGGCCACCACCCCCGCUGUCAACCGCGCCUCCCCAGACGACAAGAAGACGCUUCGCAAGGGGAACGUCAUCGUGACGGGCGCCUCGUCGGGGCUUGGCCUGGCGACGGCGAAAACGCUGGCGGAGACGGGGAAGUGGAACGUCAUCAUGGCGUGCCGCGACUUUCUGAAGGCGGAGCGGGCGGCGAAGGCGGCAGGCAUGGCACGGGAGAACUACCAGGUGAUGCACCUCGAUCUGGCGUCGCUGGACAGCGUGCGCCAGUUCGUGGCGGCGUUCCGGCAGUCGGGGCGGCCGCUGGACGUGUUGGUCUGCAACGCGGCGGUCUACUUCCCCACGGCGAAGGAGCCGACCUACACGGCCGAUGGGUUCGAGAUGAGCGUGGGGGUGAACCACCUUGGACACUUCCUUCUCGCGCGCCUGCUCGUCGAAGACUUGAAUGUUUCCGACUACCCCUUGCGCCGCCUCAUCAUCGUCGGCUCCAUCACCGGCAACACAAACACCUUGGCCGGAAACAUACCGCCGAAGGCCAACCUUGGUGACCUCCGGGGCCUCGUCGGUGGACUCAACGAGCUCAGCGGGUCCACCAUGAUCGACGGCGGGGAGUUCGACGGCGCCAAGGCCUACAAGGACAGCAAGGUGUGCAACAUGCUAACAAUGCAGGAGUUCCACCGGCGGUUCCACGAGGAGACCGGCAUCACCUUCGCCUCCCUCUACCCCGGUUGCAUCGCCACCACCGGUCUCUUCCGAGAGCACAUCCCUCUCUUCCGCCUUUUGUUCCCGCCCUUCCAAAAGUACAUCACUAAAGGCUUCGUAUCCGAAGAGGAAGCAGGCAAAAGACUUGCGCAGGUGGUGAGUGAUCCGAGCUUGACUAAGUCGGGGGUGUACUGGAGCUGGAACAACUACUCGGCGUCGUUCGAGAACCAGUUGUCGGAGGAAGCCAGUGAUCCUGAGAAGGCAAAGAAGGUGUGGGAGGUCAGUGAAAAGCUGGUUGGGUUGGCUUGAUUAGGAGUUCUUUGGGAGAGGAAGCAGGUUUGAGUUUUCGUUUAGUUGAGUUAUGCCAUCUAAGGUCAUUCUGAUCAGAUAUGGACAAAGAGUACAUACACAGAUACACUGGACUAACUAGCUUCCUCCGUGAUAUGCCGUGAUCUACAUUUGCCCGUC